UAGAGGAAAUUGCUAUAGAACCAGAAGAUUUUACGUGCAAGGUCAGUUUAAAAUGGCCAAUCCUAUUAUACACAACGUCCGGCGCCAGCAUGCCAGUUGUAAUACAGUGUAUCAUGCUCUUUAUGGCCAUUAUUUCCUUGGCAUUUCGAAGAGGAAUUUAGCUACGAUUUACGGAAAGGCAAUUUCUACCAUCUACGAUUGGUUUGGACGAUACGAACGUGAUGGAGUGUUCAGAAGGAAACAACGUGAACGGAUUUACAAAAAAUUCUGUUUCGAAAAGAGAGAAUGGCUGGUGAAUCUCUACCGGAUCGAACCAAUCCUGUUUCUCGAUGAAGCCAAACAGAGAUUUCAACACUAUUUUCAAAUUUCGAUAAGCGUUUCGUCGAUUUGUACCAUCCUACAUGAAGCCGGACUUAGCUGGAAAACUAUUGAAAGGCGGGCAAUGCAGAUACGAGACGAUGAGAUAAUUAGAUUCGUUCAGGAAUUGCUCGCAAUUCGGUGGGAUUUGUAUAAUUUAGUGUUUCUGGACGAAGUGUCAUUCGAUAACAAGGACAUGUUACGCAGGAAGGGUUAUGGGGUAAUCGGACAAAAACUGAUCUACCGAGGAGAAUUUUCUAGAAAGCGUAGAGUUUCACUUCUAUGUUUUCUUGGAUUGGGUGGAAUGCUGGAUAGUUUUUGGACGGAAGGAACUUUUAACAGGCUUAAAUUUUUUGACUGCUGCCGUAGGUUUGCGUUGAACAAUAAUCUCGUUCAAAACUAUCCAGGAGUUCAUUCAAUCUGGAUUCUAGAUGGUGCACGCAUCCACUGCGAUCCACACAUUAUCCGUUACUUGAGAUCUGUUGGUAUCAUCCCCAUAUUCCUGCCUGCGUACUGUCCUUUUUUUAAUCCCAUUGAAAUCAUAUUCGGGAUAGUUAAGAAGCACCUUCGGAGAUACCACCAACAAAAUGCGUCAAUACUUGGGGAAGUUUGUGAAGCCAUGAAUAAUUUCAAAGUGUAUCCGUGCCGCAAUAUUUUCGAAAAUUGUGGGUACAUGUCUGGGGGUGUAUUUCUUCCGGAAAAGGGCUUAGCUCAGGACCCAAAAUAUAUGGAUUUUAAUGUAUUUCCCAGCUAACCUUUCGAAGAA